AUGCCUCCUAAGCGUCUCCUGCUUCCGAAGCCAAACGAGUCCCAACUUUUGGAGUCAAACGAAUGGAAUGUAGACGACUUUACAGCCAACUUUAUCUUGGAAACUUCGGGACCGAACAUAGUCAACGUCUCAACAGCUAACAAUGGCCGACCUCUUCGCUAUGCUCCUGCAGGAUUUUAUGGCCAAUCUUUUGGCCCCGCUCCUGGAAGAGAUAAUAGCUCUACACCUGACAUGCAAUCGCCCUUUCCAGUUCGAGGUCCACUUACUGCAAGCACCAGUCAGAACGAUGGAGCUGAAAGGCUGUGCCAGCAUUUGAUGGGCCUUCGUGAAAUUUCAGUAGCACGGGGCCUUGACAACGUUGAAGGAGUUCUCGAACCUGACCCAAGCCAAAUUAAAUAUGCAUGGACAUCUGAGAAGAGACCAGCAGAAGAAACGAAAUUGGGAGGAAGACGGAAUCGGCCCUCAACCUGCUCGUAA